AUGUAUCAAUUCUAAUUAUAUAAUGGUCUAUGUUUAGGUAAGCCAUUUACUUUUGUAUAAGUGAAUUUUUGUGUUUAAUGUAAUAACUUGUGUGAACAUUUUGACGGUAGUUCUAAGUAUAAUUUUCUUUCUUGUUCUUCAAUAACUUUAUAGAAGCAUUUAAAAAAUUUAUGUUUAUGUUGGCCUGGCUAUUUUGAUUACAAAUUAAAUCUAUCAUAUCUAUCAAUUUGUGGAGAUUAAACAUAGUUGUUGAAUAAGAUUUUGAUGAUGGUAAAAAUGAUUCAUUUGAGGAAUAUCAUUAAUGUUAAUUUACAAGUAAAGAUGAAUGUUAAUUUGUUUUAAAGGUAAAUGUUAUCAAAGCAAAGAGAAUUAUUAAUUAAUUAAGGCUAUUACUAAUUGCAUAUCAAUUUUUACUGGUAAUAAAAAAUGAAUAAUGAGAUGAUGAUAAUAUUUUUGAUGGAUAUCAUCUUUUUUAAUUUAAAUAUUAUAAUCUUUGUAUUCAUUGAAAUUAAGGGAUUUGAUAUAUAUAUGAUGAAAAAAAUGGUUGGCAUUUAAAAGGAGCUAAAUGUGAAUUUAUAUGUAAAGAUGGAAUAGUUGCUAAAGAAAAAGAAUAAUGCUUUAAUUCAAAUUUAUAUUCUAUGA